AUGGAGAUAGAUCAAGAACCACAACCACAAAGUUCUGAUAACACAAAUACAAAUAUGAUUCAACAACCUCAAGAUCCAAGACUCAAAGAUUACGGAUGGUGGUUUCGUGUAAUUCUAUAUAUAAUUUUUCUCUUAGCAGGCCAAUCUUUCUCCCUUCUCUUGGAAAGAUUAUAUUAUGACAAAGGUGGUAACAGCAAAUGGAUGGUCUCAUUUGUUCAAUCAUGUGGAUUCCCCUUACUACUCCCACUCAUUUGUUACUUCAAAUCAAAAGAAAAUUUCAAGAACAUAUUCAACAUCAAUGAUAACAACUCCUCCAUAAUCAAACCAAGAAAUUUCAGCAUCUAUCUAGGGUUUGGCAUACUUUUAGAAGGAGUGUUCUUGAUGUAUUCCUAUGGACUUCAAUAUCUUCCUCUUUCCACUUUUUCUCUAAUAUGUUCAACUGAACUAGGAUUCAAUGCAUUAUUUUCUUUCUUUUUGAAUUCUCAAAAGUUUACAGCAUUAAUAUUCAAUUCUGUGUUCCUUCUCACCAUAUCAACUUCGUUGCUCGCUGUUGAUUCUAUUUCUGAAGACUCAAUGGAUAUUCAUAGAGAAAACUACAUACUUGGUUUUAUCUUCACUCUUUGUGCAUGUGCUACUUUUUCUCUAUAUCUUGCUCUUGUUCAAUUUUCUUUUGAGAAAGUUAUAAAAAGAGAAACCUUUGAUGCUAUCUUGGACAUGCAAUUCUAUCCAUCCUUCAUUGCUACAUGUGCUUGUGUUGUGGGAUUGUUUGUGAGUGGAGAAUGGAAAAACUUGGACAAGGAGAUGAAAGAGUUUGCAAAUGGAAAAAUGUCAUAUAUAGUGACUUUGGUUUGUUGUGCUGUGACAUGGCAAAUAUGUUACAUUGGAAUGUUGGGGUUGGUUUUUGAGGUAUCUUCAUUAUUUGCAAAUAUAAUAGGUUCUUUGGUGCUACCCUUAGUUUCAACUCUUGCUGUUUUGUUCUUUCAUGAUAAGAUUGAUGGAGUAAAAUCUAUGGCCUUGAUAUUGGCAAUAUGGGGAUUUCUUUCAUAUAUUUAUCAAAAUUAUUUAGAUGAUAAAAAGGCUAAGGAAGUUAAGAGACUUUGUCUUGGGGUCUCAAAGGGUGAGGUAGAAAUCUCUUUUGAAUUGAGUUGA